AUGGCUGUAGAACAGUCAGGAUGGUUUAGCAAGGAGUUGACGGGUCGCAUGUUGCUUUUCAUUGCUUUAUUUCAUGGUAUGCACGUAGCAUUAUUCGCUGUAGGAUGGUGGAAGCAAAUUACAGAUCAACGAUUAGCCGGCCUCAAUACACUCACAUUCUCGGUCUGGAUCUCAAGAGGCGCAGGCUUGGCGCUAUCGGUGGAUGGAAUGAUUAUUGUCUUACCGAUGUGCAAAAAUCUGUUGAGAAUUAUCAGACCAAAAGUCAGAUGGCUGCCAUUGGACGAGUCCCAAUGGUUUCAUCGGCAGGUGGCAUACUCCAUACUCUUCUUCACCACCAUCCACGUCUCGGCCCAUUAUGUCAACUUCUUCAAUGUCGAACGCAACCAAGUUCGUCCGGAAUCUGCGGUCCAGAUACAUUACACGCAAGCCGGCGGUAUCACUGGCCACGUCAUGCUGCUUUGCAUGCUCUUCAUGUUCACAACCGCCCACGUGCGGAUACGGCAGCAAUGCUAUGAGGCAUUCUGGUACACUCACCAUUUGUUCAUACCAUUUCUCCUGGCCUUUUACACUCAUGCCACUGGCUGUUUUGUCCGCGACUCGACAGAGCCAUACUCGCCCUUUGCCGGUUCUCCAUUCUGGUCGCAUUGCAUUGGGUACGAAGGUUGGCGAUGGGAGCUCAUUGGUGGUGGCUUGUAUCUCUGUGAACGCCUGUAUCGCGAAUGGGACUCGCGGAGAGCGUGCAGGAUAGAGAGAGUCAUCCGUCACCCUUACGACGCACUCGAGAUACAAUUCUCGAAGCCGUCGAUGACUUACAAACCGGGCCAGUGGAUCCUUGUCAAUGUGCCGGAGGUCAGCACGACGCAGUGGCAUCCAUUCACCAUCACAUCUUGCCCCUUUGACUCAUACACGUCUAUCCACGUCCGCCAAGUCGGCGACUGGACUCGUGCGCUGGGAGACGCAGUCGGUGCCGGACCAACCCAAGUGAGCGAAUGCGGCCUCGACGCCGAUGGCAUGUACGAAAUAGCCCUCAUGCCAAAUCAAGAAAUGCCCGCCAUCCGGGUCAACGGACCCUACGGUGCGCCUGCCGAAGAUGUCUUCGAGAACGAAAUCGCCGUUCUCAUUGGCACGGGAAUCGGCGUCACGCCCUGGGCAAGCAACCUGAAAAACAUCUUCAACCACCGCAGCCGUCCUAAUGCACCUCUUCGACUGAAACGCGUAGAAUUCAUCUGGAUCUGUAGGGACACCAAAUCCUUCGAAUGGUUCCAAAUGCUCCUCUCCAGUCUCGAGGAGCAAUCCCAAGAAGCCGCAUCCGAGUCAGGCGCUGGGCCCGAAUUCCUUCGUAUACACACCUACCUCACCCAAAAACUCGACGCCGACGAACAGGCAAAUGUCCACCUCAACACCGUAGGCAUGGACAAAGAUCCCCUCACCAACCUCUCCGCACGGACCAAUUUCGGGCGACCGGACUUCAAGAAGCUCUUCGCUGCCAUGAAGGACGGCAUCAGGGAUAGCACCUACCUCGGGGGCGCGCUCGAGGAGACCACGGGGAAGGAGAAGGCCUCGAGGAAGAAAGCGGAAGUGGGCGUGUAUUUCUGCGGGCCGAACACGGCUGCGAAGCAGAUCCGGAGUGCGUGUAAAGGGGUGACGGAUUCGGAUGUGAGGUUUAAGUUUUGGAAAGAGCAUUUUUAG